AGGGAAGCUCAGAGCUGGAGCCAGUGGCCUUUGGGUCAAAGCUCAUUGAAGGAGUGAAGGAGAGAUGGUAUAAAAAGAGUAGAGAGACUGAGAGAAAGAGAGAGAGGGGCCAAUCUUUCAGAAGAGUGGAUAUACAACCAACUGGUGUGCCCGGAGGAACGAUACUAGGAUAACUUGACUAGGAUAACUUGUGCAUCUUCUCACGGCCCGUACACUCCUUCACGCUUCAGAGUCUCCAUGGCCCUGCUGAUGCAAUGCUGGGUGUGUGUGAUUGCUCUGUCACUGACGAUGACCACCAGCCAUGCCUUACGAAGGAUUAGUCUGAAGAAGAUGCCCUCCAUAAGAGAGACUCUGCAUGAGAUGGGUGUGUCCCCAGCCCAGUUCUUCGCUGAAUUGGCCCUGAAAAGCAAAGAUUACCCUUCCCCCAGCAACGGGACCGCUCCCACCCCUCUCACCAACUACCUGGAUGCCCAGUAUUAUGGGGAGAUCAGUAUUGGUUCUCCUGCCCAGAUGUUCAAUGUGGUAUUUGACACCGGUUCAGCCAACCUGUGGGUGCCUUCUUCUAACUGUUCCCCACUCUACACUGCCUGCUUUACCCACAACAGAUAUGACGCCUCCAAAUCACGAACACACAUAGAGAACGGGACAGGUUUCUCCAUCCAGUAUGCCUCUGGAAACGUCCGGGGAUUCCUGAGUGAGGAUGUGGUUGUGGUGGGUGGCAUCCCAGUGGUCCAGGUGUUUGCUGAGGUCACAGCCCUGCCUGCCAUCCCCUUCAUUUUUGCCAAGUUUGAUGGGGUCCUUGGGAUGGGCUACCCCAACGUGGCCAUCGACGGCAUCACCCCCGUGUUCGACCGCAUCAUGUCCCAGCACAUCCUCAAGGAGGAUGUCUUCUCUGUCUAUUACAGCAAAGACCCAAUGCACAAACCAGGUGGAGAGCUAGUGCUGGGAGGGACAGACCCAGGUUACUACACUGGUACCUUCAACUACAUGGGCACCAGUCAAGCAGGAAAAUGGGAGGUCAACAUGAAAGGGGUGUCUGUGGGGGAGGAGAGGCUGUUCUGUAAGGAGGGCUGCACGGCUGUGAUUGACACAGGCUCCUCCUACAUCACAGGCCCCGCCUCCUCUGUGUCUGUGCUGAUGAAGACCAUUGGAGCCACAGAGCUGGCAGAGGGAGGGUACACUGUGAACUGUGACCUGGUGAAGUCCUUACCCAGUGUUACCUUCCAACUGGGAGGCCAUGAGUACACCCUCACCGAAGAGGACUACAUCUUAUGGCAAUCUCAGUUUGGAGAGGACAUAUGUAGUGUGACCUUUAGGGGUUUGGAUGUGCCGCCCCCUACUGGUCCUAUCUGGAUCCUGGGAGCCAACUUCAUCGCCCGCUACUACACAGAGUUUGACCGUCACAACAACCGCAUAGGCUUCGCCACAGCAGUCUGACAGGAUCCUCCACUUAGCCACCAAGCUUUCACUCUAUCUUGCUCUUACUCUUUGUUACUGUCUUAUACUAUCAGCCUCUAUUUCUUUUCUUUUUAAACAAUCCUCAUGUAAUAGCAUUAUGUCCGACCUCAUAUCUGCAUUGUCAUGACGUAACAAGAAUAAAGGUUGUUUAAUGGAAA